UAUAUAUUAUAGAAGCUAGCACAUAUAUAUACCGAUCAGUGCAAAGCAUUGCAUACAUAAGCUCAUUCUAUCACUCCAAUGGAACUUCCACUCUUUCUUGUUCUCUUCCCAUGUUGAUUUCCUCUUAAAUGGAGGAAGAGAAAAAGUCGAGACAAUUAAAUCCUCCUUCCAUAUUCAAUAUCUCACUUUCCAUGGAAGAAAAUUCAACCAAAAUAAAUGCCAUUCCCACUGAACAACCACUCCACAGCCCUAUGGCAUCCCAUCCUCUAAUGUCCACCGUAGUCACUCUCUACACUCUCAUUCUCCUCUACUUCCCCACCACCAUUGCUUUUUCUCCAGUCCUCAUCUCCACUUCACUUUUAUUACUUUCCCUUCUCAAACUCGGUGCAGCUCAAAGAGCUAAAAAACCCGAAUCCAAGGACCCAUCUUUACAAGUUUCGCGUGAUUUUGCUUACCAUGAUGAUUGCACCAGCUGUGAAAAGGAUUGGGUGUUUGACCCGGAACCUAAACCCGACCUGGAUCCGGACCCAAUACGGUUUCAUGACAACUGCUUCGUCGAAUCAAAUGUAGGCUCCAACUGUGAAAAGGAUUCGGUGUUUGACCCGGAACCUAAACCCGACCGGGAUUCCGACUGCUUUGUCGAGUGCACUACGGAUGCCGUUUGUGGAAAGGAUUCGGUGUAUGACCCGGAACCGAGACCGUUUUGCGGCGACAGCUUUGUGGAGUGGAAUGUGAGGGCGCCGUUGGAGGUGAUAUACGAAGCGUACGAAGGAGAAGAAGAGGAAUGUACAGAGGAGAAGAGAGAGGAAGAGUUAAGGAUUAUUCAGAGGUACGCGUCGUUAUCAAUGUAUUACCCGGAAACGGAUACGGAUAGUUCGUCGGACGGGGAUUCGCCGGUCAUCGGAAACUGGGACUCGCCGGAGAAAUCGUGUUUCCGGUGGGACGAGGAGGAAGAUAGAGAAGAGUUGAUAGAGAUUGAAUUAGACUUUUGCAAGAGAAAUAGCGAAGUUGAGGAAGAGAAUUUGAUUGAGAUUGAUCUUACUCCGGCGAAUUUGCCGUUGGGGUUAUUUUGUAAUUAACUAAUUUAACGAUACUAAAGAGGCUUUUUUGGGGUUUCCUAUUUUGGGAAAAAGACUAAAAAGAGUUUAGUGUGGUUUUACGUCGUUAAGAGUGUAUUAAGCCCUUAAUCCAAUGAUUUGUUGAUGUGUUAAAUGACCAAAGCCCUUAAUAUUUUAUUUUAUUUUGAAAUGUGUGAGCUGAAAUUUCAAUCUUUUCUUGUUCAAUUGAUCAACAUAUGCAAUCCAAUCUCCAAUUAAAACCA